ACCAGAUUAAUAACUAAAGUCGAGUGACUGUGACUGACCUAGUUUCUAAAUCAUUAGAAGUGGAGUAAAAUAAAUCUUUAUCGCCUCUUGGAAACCUAGCGCAGUCGCCAUGGACGAAUCCGCCAUAAAAGGUCUGGAAUUGAAUGGUUGUGAGGCAGAGAUUCGAGAAAGCCGUAUUAGCAGGAUUGUGGUUGAGGGAUACGACACCUCUCUUCGUAGGGAAGAUGUCGAAGAGGCUUUGAGAAAACAUUUCGCUUCAUGUGGAAACAUAAUACAUGUUUAUGUUCCCAUUAACGAGGAAACUGAUAUUCCCAACAGAUUUUCCUUCAUUUAUGUUAACGGAGAAGACGAAGAAAAGGCGUUGAGGCUUGAUGGAAGCGACAUGGGAGGACGGAUUUUACAAACUUAUGCUUACCCGUUUCAGGAAAAUUACCUUGAUGAUGUCUUGGCUACUCUGAAAGAAGCCCGUCAGACACAACGCACUUUGAAAGUUACCGGAUAUGACCCUUCCCUUUCUAUGGAUGAUGUCGAGAGCAAGCUGUGUAAACAUUUCGCACCAGCUAGUUGUUUUGCGUACAGGACAUGUGGUGGUCUCCAAAGCAAAGCUUUCGUUUAUCUCGUUGGAGAAGACGAUGUAGAGAAGGCGCUGGAACUCAGUGGACGUUGUGUGGGAGGAUUGAACAUUGUAGUUACCCAGGUUCUGCCCAAAAAACCGAUCAAGUGUGGCUACACUCGUCCACUUAAUUGACUAAUGAGCAGAAAGCUGAUCGAAAGCGCUAUAUAUCUUUUAUGAGGAAUAUCAGAAGGAGCAGAAGAAUAAGACUAAACCUCUCUCUUCUUGGGAGAAGACAUAUAUGCUCUUUUGUUGUAUUAACUUGUGUUGCAAUGCAACAUUUUUCUUUUCUUUUGUCUGGAUUUUUUACUAAAAUUUUAUCCAAGUUCAUGCUCUGCAAAAAAAAAAACUGGUUAUAGAAAGGUACUAAACUGUCAAACCAAGUUCAAGUUCUGCUCUUUGAUCAUUUAGAAAAGUUCUGUAA